AUGAGUCUACGCGGGUUUCCCCUGUGGGACCACACGCCCAUGACUCGGAUGGUGGUCGCGGGCCGGGACAUCCUGUUUGUGACUCCACAUAGGACAGACAUAUUGGACUCGGAGGAGGGAUUGUGUGGAGAAGAGUACAGGAUCUUAGAGCAAAGUCCCGCCAGUGUGACUAUUGAUUUCGACGUGGAUAGGUAUGACCCGGACGGUGGGGAUCUGGUGAGGUGCUCCUCUCUCGGGAAUUGGGCUGUUUUCGUCGGGAACUGCAGCCACGCGGUUGCGGCCCAGCUGCCUGGGCUCAAGUCCAACUCCAUUUACUUCACGGAUUUGGAAGACACCGAGGUGUUUGAGAAUGAUGAACUGAUCAACGGCCACGAUGUUGGGAUUUUGGAUUACGAGAAGAAGACCGUGUUACCGUGUUAUUAUCCCGUAGAUGCCCGGAGACUCAAGAAGAUUUUCCCAGGGCCUAUGUGGUUCUUCCCUAGCCAAGAGUGA